AUGCCUGGAAAGUCAUGGUGGUCUGGUUUCAAGGCCCGACAUCUGGAAAUUAGCUUGCAGAUAGCUGAAGGCCUCAAGAAAGACAGGGCACUGAGCCUAAGACCAAUAGUUGUGUCUUCUUUCUAUAGUAUUUUGUCAAAAGCCUAUGUCGCUAAUCCAUAUGGUCCUACUUGUAUUUGGAACUGUGAUGAAACUAGUGUGAUGGCUGGCAGAAAUGGGGAUAUGAGGGUGCUUGAGAGGAAAGGAAGCCGGAACAUGUCUUAUGUACUCACAAAGAGUCGUGAAUGGAUUACAAUACUUUGUUGCAUUAAUGCUUCUGGGCAAAGCAUACCAGGCUUUUAUUUGUUCAAAGGGAAGAGGAAAUUACAUAAUUAUAUCUCAAAAUGUGAGCUGAGGGCUUGCAUUAUAGCACAACAACAUGCCUGGAUGACCAAGGAAUUAUUCCUUAAUUGGCUACACCACUUCAAGUACUUAGUUCCAGGGGGUGUAUCACCCACCAACAGGCACUUGUUGAUAUUUGAUGGCCAUGGCAGCCAUGCCGCAUUGCUAACCAUCCAGGAGGUGAGGAUGAUAGGCAUAGACUUUCUCACAUUGCUAGCUCACACCUCUCACAAGCUGCAGCCACUUGAUGUGAGUGUGUUCUCUUCAUUCAAGACCUACUUCAAAUUAGAAAGAGUCGUAUUGAUAGAAAGGUUCCCGAAUGUAGAAAUCAAGAGGGCAGAACUAGCAGAAAUAGGUAGCAAGUCUUUGGCCAAGGCAUUGACUAUUUCCAACAUUUUAGCAAGAUUCAAAAGGACCGGUAUAUGGCCCCUCAAUCCAGAUACCCUCAUGGACGUCAUGCAACCCAGCAACACAUUCGAGAUUAACGAUGGUGAAGAUGCAUCUACAGUGCAGAACAUGCUCAGCCUUUCAGGUGUUCAUGUGUCACUGGAAGUGGUUACAAAAAACAUUGCUCUUAUUCAUCAAUCGAAUUCAAAUAGACAAGUGGACAAUGAAUAG